AUGUAUAAAUACCUUCCAUUUAACUUUUAUUUCAUCAUUCAUUCAACAUCCAAUCUUUUAUUACUCUUUUUCAAUAAAAAUAUACUUACUUCUUUAAAAAUGAUUUUCCAAAACCUUUCAAAAUUAUCAUUCAAACAAUCAUCUUUUGUUUCAACAUCAAUUGGAUCACAAAAUAAUGUCGGUCAACAACAACAACAAUCUAUAAAUUCGGUAUCAAGAUUCAGUAGACCAAGUUGGGCUUAUGGAUAUGUUUAA